CAUUCCCUGCGCUCCUACCAUCGAGAGCAGCUUCCGGCGUCGUUCGUGUAGGUGGGUGAAGAAGGAGCGGGCCCUCGCCGCUCUGUCUCACUGUCUCGCGCUCUCUCGGGCAACAUGGCGGGUGUGGAGGAGGCAGCGUCCUCCGGGAGCCACCUGAAUGGCGACCUGGAUCCAGACGACAGAGAAGAGGGAGCUGUCUCUACGGCUGAGGAGGCAGCCAAGAAAAAAAGACGGAAGAAGAAGAAGAGUAAAGGGGCUGCCACAGGGCAACAGGAACCUGAUAAAGAAUCAGGAGCCUCAGUUGAUGAGGUAGCAAGACAAUUGGAAAGACAAGCAUUGGAAGAGAAAGAAAGAGAUGAUGACGAUGAAGAUGGAGAUGGGGAUGGAGAUGGAGCAGCUGGAAAGAAGAAGAAAAAGAAGAAGAAGAAGAGAGGACCAAAAGUUCAAACAGACCCUCCCUCAGUUCCAAUAUGUGACCUGUAUCCUAACGGUGUAUUUCCCAAAGGACAAGAAUGCGAGUACCCACCCACACAAGAUGGGCGAACAGCUGCUUGGAGAACUACGAGUGAAGAAAAGAAAGCAUUAGAUCAAGCUAGUGAAGAGAUUUGGAAUGAUUUUCGAGAAGCUGCAGAAGCACAUCGACAAGUUAGAAAAUAUGUUAUGAGCUGGAUCAAGCCUGGGAUGACAAUGAUAGAAAUCUGUGAAAAGUUGGAAGACUGUUCACGAAAGCUAAUUAAAGAGAAUGGAUUAAAUGCAGGCCUGGCAUUUCCUACUGGGUGUUCUCUAAAUAACUGUGCUGCCCAUUAUACUCCAAAUGCUGGUGACACAACAGUAUUACAGUAUGAUGACAUCUGUAAGAUAGACUUUGGAACACAUAUAAGUGGUAGGAUUAUUGACUGUGCUUUUACUGUUACUUUUAAUCCCAAAUAUGAUACAUUAUUAAAAGCUGUAAAAGAUGCCACUAACACUGGAAUAAAGUGUGCUGGAAUUGAUGUCCGUCUGUGUGAUGUUGGUGAGGCCAUCCAAGAAGUUAUGGAAUCCUAUGAGGUUGAAAUAGAUGGGAAGACAUAUCAAGUGAAACCAAUCCGUAACCUAAACGGACAUUCAAUUGGGCCGUAUAGAAUACAUGCUGGGAAAACAGUGCCCAUCGUGAAAGGAGGAGAGGCUACAAGAAUGGAGGAAGGAGAAGUGUAUGCCAUUGAAACCUUUGGAAGCACAGGAAAAGGCGUUGUUCAUGAUGAUAUGGAAUGUUCACAUUAUAUGAAAAAUUUUGAUGUUGGACAUGUGCCAAUAAGGCUUCCAAGAACAAAACACUUGUUAAAUGUCAUCAAUGAAAACUUUGGCACCCUUGCCUUCUGCCGCAGAUGGCUGGAUCGCUUGGGAGAAAGUAAAUACUUGAUGGCUCUGAAGAAUCUGUGUGACUUGGGCAUUGUAGAUCCAUAUCCACCAUUAUGUGACAUUAAAGGAUCAUAUACAGCACAGUUUGAACAUACCAUACUGUUGCGUCCAACGUGUAAAGAAGUUGUCAGCAGAGGAGAUGACUAUUAAACUUAGUCCAAAGCCGCCUCAACAUCUUUUAUUUUCUAAGCUUUGUUGGAGUACAUUAUACCACAAUUAAUUUGCAACAUGUUUGUCUGUUUAACAGUGGACCUAUGUAAUGCUUUUAUCCAUGUUUAAAAAGGAAGGACUUUGAUCAAAUGCAAACCAUCUAAUGUAAUUAGCCAAGGAAAAAGCUUUCAGGACUUUCAAAUGUUAACUGUUUUUCCCAUCUAGGAAAUGCUAUAAAGCUCAAAUUAGUUAGGAAUGACUUACACAUUUUUUGUUUUAAACACCUAAGACAUGCUUUUCAGAUAUUUAUAUUGCCAUAUUCUUAAUUGAAUGCUUUGAAUGACUACAUCCAAUUCUGCACCUAUACCCUCUGGUAUUGCUUUUUAACCUUCCUGGAAUCCAUUUUCUAAAAAAUAAAGACAUUUUCAGAUCUGA